GUACAUUGACAGUAGUACCAAACAAACAUGGCCGCCUCCGAACAGCUUGACUUGGGCGUGUUAAACACUGAUAAAAAAGAGACUAACUCAGCCAUGGAAAUGGACAAAUGCGCGGCUGCUGAGAAUAACACAGAACCCGAAAAGAAGGAAUCACCCGAAGCUGACCAGGACAUAGCGGAGCUUUUUAAAAAACCCACUGCAUUCCCCGUGCCUUCUCUCGCCAGCAAACGUAGCCUGGACGCUGCCGCCGCCUCCAAACCUGGAGCCGAGACAAGACUCGAGAAGGAAAACAACAAAGCACAAGUUGCGGACACUAAUAGUGAUGCAUCGGUCUCAGCUAACGGUGGCCAAACGCUGGAAACUGGGCCUGAAAUGAAUCAAAAUGGUGAUGAACAUAGCGACAAUGCUACUAUAAACGUGAAAACCGAUUCUAAACACAAGGUGGUCCCAUCUAAGGUUCCGCCUGUUGGAAAAUUCCCUCCUCUUCCAUACACAGAGCCGCAUUGGGGUGGUCCGGCUCCAGCUGACGUCUAUUCUCUUGAAGUUUUGAAAAACGGCACCAUAGUGGACAAGGUGCCCCUCGCCCAUAAAGGUUUCUUCGUGGUUGGACGUUUGCCGGUGUGUGAUGUACCCUUGGAACACCCGUCCAUCUCCAGAUACCAUGCUAUCAUUCAGUAUCGUCAGCAUCCCGGCAAUGGGGAUUCUGUCGGCGAGGGGCGAGGUUUUUACAUUCAGGACCUGGGCAGCACACACGGUACAGUCGUUAAUAAGAACAAGAUUCCUCCCAAGACAUACAUCAGACUCCGCGUUGGACAUGUCCUUAAAUUCGGCGGAAGUACGAGGCUUUUCAUCAUACAGGGUCCAGAAUGUGAUGAGGAAGAAGAGUCCGAACUAACGGUCACAGAGCUGAAAGAGCGAGGCAGGAAAAUGAGGGCGGAGCUUGAGAAAAGAAUGAUGGGAGAGGGUUCUGAUGAUGAAGAGGAAGGAGCGGAGAAGGAUGAAGACAAAAGCGGCAAUAGCAAAUUGUCCAGUGAAGACUCGGGCUGUUCUUGGGGAAUGGCCGAAGAGCAUCUUCCAGAAGAAGAUGAGAAUGAGGAGAACCCCUUUUCAACGGAGUUCCAUGAAGACCAGGAAGCUGCAUACUUGAAGGACCCAAAGAAAGCCUUACAAGGUUUUUAUGAGCGGGAAGGCGAGGAACUGGAGUUUGAGUAUGAAGACAAAAAUCACGGCAGCUGGCUUUGCAGAAUCAAGCUACCUGUGGACGAUGCCUUGGGCCGACAGCUUAUUGCAGAGGUUACUCACACGGGGAAGAAAAAAGAAGCAGCAGUUCAGUGUUGCCUCGAGGCCUGCAGGAUGCUCGAAGCCAGAGGAGUGCUGCGUCAGGAAGCAGUGUCCCGCAAGCGCAAGAAAAAGAACUGGGAAGAUGAAGACUACUAUGACAGUGAUGAUGACACCUUCCUAGACCGGACAGGCACUGUUGAAAAGAAGAGGAAGGAGAGAAUGAAAAGAGCAGGAAAGAUUGAGGAGCGGCCCGACACGCAUGAAUCACUGCUGGCUAAGCUAUCACAGGUGGAGAAGGAGGUAGCAGAAACACAGAAAAAGCUGGGCACCCAUGGAAAAGAUACUUGUGGCUCUUCUACCGAUGACCCACUGGAUGCCUUCAUGACCGCUGUGCGCAGUGAUGCGACUAUGGAUGCCGUGGAGCGGAGAAAGCUCCAUGUGCACAUAGCAGAUCUUCGAAAAGAUGCCCAGCGACUACGCAAGUUGGUAGAACUUACUCGCCCCUCUCAGCUGCCCUCGCUGCUCCCCAGUGUUAACUCCAAGGCUGAGAAACCGAAGAAAGCCUUGCCGCUUUUUGGAGCCAUGAAGGGAGGAAGCAAGUUCAAGCUGAAGACAGGCACUAUUGGGAAGUUGCCUCCGAAGCAGCCCAACUUGCCUUCUGAGCUUUUUAACAUGAAAGAACUUCCGCCAGGAGGAGAGGAGGAGGAGGAGGAGGAGGAAGAAGAAAACAGGACAGUACAGGAGGAGACUGCUGAAAACAUGGAGGCUAAUGAAGAUAAAGUGUGCGAGUUGAAUGUCGAUCUUGUAGAGGCCAGCAACCUCAUAUCUCAAGAGACUUCAGGGCAGAAAGGAGAAAAACGAGUGUCAGAACCAAAAGGUGGAUUGCCAGAAUUUAAUUCAGAAAAAGAGAAAAGUCCGGAAAGGAGCAAAACCAAGACGUGUACUGAAACAGGCAAGCUGUUUCUUCAUCAGAACUCCAAGCCCAACCAUGACCCAUCAUCUUCCGAGUCCAAAAACGAGGUUGAUACGGAUCUUGGUGCGAGAAAGAAGAAAAAAGUCAUGGGUCCCAGCAGGCCACCCAUGCAGCUCUCGAGUCAGUAUCCACAAGACGACCCUGAUUACUGUGUUUGGGUACCGCCAGCAGGUCAGACUGGAGAUGGUCGUACUCAUCUAAACGACAAGUAUGGCUACUGAGUGGAAAAAGCGUCCCUAUACCAUACACUUAAAUCUGACCCAACACCACCAUAUGAGAUGAUCAACCUCAUGAGAGACCAAAGGGGAAUCAAAGUCAAAACUACACUUCUUGAUGUUGGCUGACAACAUACACGAGAAGUAUAGAAAUUCCUGCUGACAAGACUGCCAUUUGACCGCAACACACAAGAUUCAGGUUCUGUCCUUUUCACCCUUCAAGCAGAAAAUGGAUAAUGGCAGUGCAAGAAGAGCUAAAUGUAUUCAGCGUUUUUCUUCCCUUGUCUCUGGCUGCUCCUCUUUCACUUCUAACCACCUGACAUUCAAUCUGUAUCCCUCCCCUAUUUGGCUCCGCUUGAUCACUGGCAUUACUUUUUUCCCCCCUGCAAAAGAGUGUGUAGCAGGGAGGGAGAGCAGUGAAGCAGCUUUUCUGACCAUCUGGACACUUGGAUGGCUUACUGGAUGAAACGCAAGCUGAUAAUGACUCAAGCUACAGUAAGCAGAGUUGUGUGUCAGCUGACGCACGCACACUCAUUGUACAACCUUCUCAAAGUUCUCUUUUUAACAGGAUUGUCUUUAUUUGCCAGUCAGCCAUUUUUGUCUGUCUAUGUAGGUUUAUCUGGCAGUAAUGCUCAUUUGAUUUGCAGCCAUUUUCUGUCGUUUUUUGUGGAAAAGUAAAUACGUUGAUGUGUUUUGUUAUAUAAAUAUAUAAUAAAGAUGUUUACACACA